AUGGCAACAUCCAUCGGCGCCUGGCACUUUUCGCCACUGCUUACAGCGUUCCCGGCAGGUGUCCUACCAAACGUUGGCUUUUGGAAGGCGACCAACGGAUCAUGGGAAUACCAAAUCCAGCUGGCAUGGCCAUUGAACUGGACGUCGCAGCAAGAGAGCACGACUGUCGAGACGAUGUACGUGCUCGAUGGAAAUGCGCUGGGCUUGACCGCUGCGGAGGGUGUUCGCCGUCGGAGGCCUGUCGAGUUCAAUAUGCCUGACAGUAUCAUUGUCAGUAUCGGAUAUCCUGAGACCAUCUCAGAUUCGCCCUACAGUGGACAGCGAAGCUCAGAUUUCCAACCACCAGUUUGCGAUAGUUGCACGCUUCCGGCCACUCCAGGUGUGCCGUCCAACGCCGACAAUUUCAUCCAUUUCAUCGACUCGGCUCUACGCCCCUGGGUACACAAUAACGCGUUUCCAAACGCUGCAUUCAACCGCGAUGCUCUAUAUGGGCACUCUUUUGGUGGCUUAUUCGUCCUCUACGCCCUUGUUGCGCGACCUGACUUGUUUGAUACAUUUCUCUGCGUUUCGCCAGCUCUGUCGUUCAACGAUGAUUACGUCUUCAAGCACGCCGAGUUCCUGGCACCCCUCAGAGGGACCGAACUGCAGACGUCAAAUGCUACGAAGCCGGCAUUCCAGAUCAGUUAUGGCGCGCUCGAGCAGGCUCCAACCAAGCGGAGGACCGAGACCGAAGAGGAGUUCGCGUUCCGGCAAAGCAUUCUCGUUCCCAUGCGCAUGACGAAUCUGUCACGAAACUUGUACAGCGAAGUCAAGGACAGUCCAAGGUUGAGGCAUGUUGAGCUCCAUGAGUAUCCCUUCAGUGAUCAUGCUGCCGUGGGUGCAGCUGCGCUUGUAGAUGGGCUCGACUAUUUCCUUGACUGGUGACAAGCCGGGAUUUCGAGUCUCUGAACAUGCAUACGACCAGAAGCGAAGAGACGGCAAUCUCAUGGGAAAUGACAGCCUGGAAAUGUCUUCUAGGUAGUCAUUGAAG